CGCCGUCAGCUCCCUCAAACGUUCCGCCGCCGCCACCGACGCCACCGACGUUGUCGUCGACGUAUUCGUGCCGCCACCGCCGCCGCCACCGUUGCUCCAGUUGCAGCGUGCACCGGACGGGUCAUCAACACGUACGCCAUCCGCACACGGUCGGAACGACGACAAAUAAUAAUAGUACAGACGACAUGAUAUCAUAAUAAUAUUUCGGUUGCGGUUGAUAUUUUUAUAGAAAAUAAAAGUACGUUGUCAUACAGUGCCGCCGAGUUUUGAAUUCGCGCGCUCACCGAUUAAGCAUACCACACAAUACUCAUUGCACAUACGCCCACACGUAUACAUAGAACACAAUAGAUCGCUGCGUCGCUGUGCUCGACCUAUAUCCGGGACAGUGGGAGAUGAAUUUAGUGUCCAGGCAGCAGUACGGCAGCGUCGUUUCGUCGUCGCGAUCGUACGGCAGCUGCGGCAAAUCGGACGACACAAACAGUACAGACGAGGAGGCGAUAGUGGACGUAGAGCGGCCGGACACGCCGCCGCCACCGUCACAAAUGUCGCUGUCGGCCGACGAUCACUCGCGCCGCGUCUGCAUCAACGGCGGCAGGCCGAUGGCCGCGUCUGCAGUGGCCAGCGCGGCCGCGCUCACCGCAUGGCUGAAUCCGGCCACGUUCUGGCGGGACUCCGAUCAGUGGCGCAACGUGUUGGUCAACUAUUACCACAUGAACAGGGCCGCGGCCGCGCGUUCUGCAAGGGGCCGUGGCGCAGUCGCCACUUACCGUCCGUCUGCCGUGCCGGCGAUCUGCGGCACCGUUCCAUCGGUCGGCCGGAAGCCGGUGACAGUCAGCACGGCGAGAUCGCAGCCGUCAACGCCGACUACGACGUCUCAGUCCUCUACGUCUUCCCGGCCGAAGAAACGGUACAUCUGCACGUACUGUCAGCGCGAGUUCAGCAAGUCGUACAACCUGCUCAUACACGAGCGCACGCACACAGACGAGCGGCCUUACCCGUGCGACGUGUGCGGCAAGGCGUUCCGCAGACAGGACCACUUGAGAGAUCACAGGUACAUACACGUCAAGGAAAAACCAUUCAGGUGUCCGGUAUGCGGAAAAGGUUUCUGUCAAUCCAGGACGUUGUCCAGUCAUCGGAGUAAUAGGAAUUCUAUGUGCCUGGACACGACUGUUUUACAUCAACAACAACAACGCGACGCCGCCGGCAACGUACGCAGGCCCAAAAUGAUCACAGACUUUUCUAUCAACUCUAUAUUGAACUUGCAGUAAAUCUGCGUGUAUUCAAUAUACAAUUAUAUUGUUUGUUUUCUAACUCCUCGAUUAUUUUGAUCUCAAGUGCGUAUGUGACGUUUGAAGAAGGUGAAAGACUAUUUUAUUAUUAUUAUUAUUAUUUUUAUUGACAUUAUACACGGCUGUAAAGAAUCGAUGCAAUAUUAAUUAUUAUAAAUGUUCGGUACAUCACAAACUAUUGUCGAAGUCCGUCGUAUAACGCGGUUUAUAUAAAUAUAUACCUACUCAAAAAUAAAGAUUUAUUAUUAUUACUAUUAUAUCGCCCAUCGAUUCUUCGCCUAGAUAAAUUUUAUACAUGCCUACUCCAUCAUGUCGUGAAUCUAACACGUAUUUUUGAAAUGACAAUUGCAUAUUUUAAUAUAUUUUAUGUAGAUAAUAGAUCCAUAUCAUCUUGUUGUA